UUUAACAGUUGUGUGUGGAAUGUUGUUUUGCGAUUACAUAAACUUACAUGUUUUUAACUUCCUAUUGCUUUUACCUUUUAUACGAAUAUUAUUUAAAUGAAGUGCGCUAUACGAUUAGAUUCAGCACGUUUGUGUUUAUGCUAUCAAUAAUUUUCAUUUAAUGUAAAAGAGCGUAUACGUGGAUCAUAGAUGGUUUAUUUGUGUUUGCGAAGUGUUGUAAUAACUAUUGCGAUAACAUGUGAAUUCGUAACAGCAUUUUCACCUCAAGUCAUAGAAGUAGGAGCUCCUGCAAAUGUCACGUGUGGCCACGAAAAGCCACGUGAUGACCACGUUGUCGUGUGGAAACGGGGAGAUGCAAUAUGGAUGAACGAAACGAUGACUUUUCAAUUUCCAGAUUUACAAGCAUUGCCUACCGACGUCCAAUGUGCAUCCGCUCCCAUAGCAACUGCGUUGGAACACCGGCACAACCUCACGGGGCUAUGGGAGAGAGCCGACACCUACAUGGUACCCCUGAUUGGUAUAGACGUGCAGCUAAGUACGGAGUCGCAUUUUACAAACGUAACGGCAAGACUAGCCGUAUCCGGAGUGAAUGCUUCCGAAAUCGCUCUGGAUUGGUCAAGAGACAAUACCAGCGUUCGCGCAUGGGUGCGCUCAUGCGCAGAACGGGACACGUGGGUUGUGUCCUGCGAAACUAUCUCGUGGAACAUUCGCGACAGCGCUGAUCUCAUGUUAUCUGUGAUAAUCUCUCCCGCUUAUAACUUUACGAAAGCACUCUGGACGAAAGUUAUUUCAGUGUCUUCAGAGAAUACAACUGAACCCUCGACUCGUGAUUAUGAGUCCAACACACCGGAACCGGAAUUGGUUAAGAUCGGGAUCCUUAGCGCUCUUAUUGUCCUCAUCGCGGGUUUCGCCCUCGUGAUUGUCGUCUGGCAGUGCAAACGAUUCCUAUGGGACAUGGAUCCAAACCGGGACGAUACGGCGUUUGACGGUCUACAUGUGUCCGUUGAACACGGGAAGAUUUCUUUUAGUGCUCGAGAACAACAAACUUCUUUCGGUGUGCAUCCAUGAGGAACUGGGCUGUUUUACAAUGUGCAUCCAUGAGGAACUUGGCUGUUUUACAAUGUGCAUCUAUGAGGAACUGAGCUGUUUUACGAUGUGCGCCCAUAAUGAACUGAGCUGUUUUAUGAUGUACAUUCAUGAGGAACUGAGCUGUUUAUCGAUGUGCAUUCAUGAGGAACUGAGCUGUUUUACCAUGGGUGGCGAAAUCAAAUGUCCGAGUUGCCCGAGUCGUACAUUUGCUUGUCCGGGCAACUGGUUUUUUUUCAUUAAGUUGUCCGUGGACAACCAGUCGGGUUGAGAAAUACAAAAAAAAAUAGAUUGUAUUAAAGCCGUUAUUAAAAUUUACAAAACCGGAUGUUGGCACCCGAUAACAUUGUCAGUGCUAUUUGCGGAGCAAUCAAGCUAAAAUAUGGGCACUCUCCUGCACAGUGGUCUCGCUUAUUCUAUAAGCAUGAUAAGAGACCAGGAGGCUAGCAUGCCGCAUUUUCAACAUUCGGCCCGUCUGUUUAAUAGGCAGUGUACAGACUGGUUUGCUCGUUUAUUCCGUAAAUGUUGAACUUUCGUCUUAAGUUUUAAAAUGCAUUAUUAAUACCAAAAGGGAGGUAUAAAACCCGAAAAUUUCCGGAAAACCCAGAGUGUGUCACAUCACUCCUACCUAACUAAAUUUCUAGACUUACAAACGUCGAGACGUUGGGACGUGAUAAGCCGAAAGCCGAGUUGGAUUACGUACAGUUCCGUUGAUUGGGUGAAGUGUUCCGUUUGAAUCAACUACAAUUUAUAUUAAAGUUGAACAAAGACGGUAAAAUAGUCAUUAUGUAUAAAAAACAUAUAUAUAAUGUAUAAUUUGAACAUUACAUUUCCUGGCUUAUUUCAUCUGCAAAAAUGAAAAUUAUAUAUUGAAAUACUGUUUUAAAACACCGCUGUGGUUUUAACCGAGUUGAAUGGUAGAUCUCACUACAUACAAUUACGACUGACUUAUAACAUCAUGACGUAUUUUCAGGUGAGCUUAUGAAGCAAUAGUAUACAUUUAAAGCAAAAUCACAUUACUUCCUGAAGUACAACUUACUCUCGUGUGCUUGAUUGGUUUCCAAUUUUAUAAUUCAAAACCGAAACUUAAAAAGACAGGAAGAAAAUUCAUUCAAAUUCAACUGACAUGGAUGUAAAGACCGGAAUAUUAUGUUGAGAUAAAACACCAAAUGACACGUAAACAGGAAAAAAAGUUUUCCCUGACAAAGAAGAACACUUGAACAAUUGAUCAUAUGAUACGACACAAUUGGACAGGAAGAAAAUUCAUUCAAAUCCAACUGACAUGGAUGUAAAGACCGGAAGAUUAUGUUGAGAUAAAACACCAUACGUAAACAGGAAAAAAUAGAUUUCCCUCACAAAGAAGAUAACUUAAACAAUUGAUCAUAUGAUACGACAUAAUUGGACGCGUUUGGCCAAUCCGAAAGCAAUUGCGUAAAUAUUGAGCGGAGAUAUUUGGUAAACAAAAUAAUUAUGUCAGCAAUAUAUUUCGGCGUUUUACUCACAAUAUCCCGCUUAUAAAUCCGGUUGUGUACGCAAAUAUAAACACGUGUAAUGUUUCAAGACACUUCAUUUUUAUAUUUUGUUAAUCAGUGCUUGCUAGUCUUCCUAAUGCUUCAUUUCUUAUCAAUGUCGUUGAUACCAUUUUAAAAAUACUGUAGUACGUGUUAACCAUGUAACCAACAACCCAAUACGUUAUAACAUAAUACUACUGUUCUGAAUGGUUUGAUAUAAUGCAACCUUUGUGUCAUAAACGCCUCAUGAUGUUGUGAAUAACCGGGAUGACUGACAAAAAAGGUCAAAACACAAAAUGCAUUUGCAAAAUGUGA